UUUCGGUUAUUAGCGAAGUGGGGACACUUCCUGGUAUUUGCAACAUUCAAAAGCUGUCAGGGGAUUUGCAGAACUGCAACCACGCAGGGCCCAUCGGCUGAAUGCUCAAGGGGAAGACGCUCUGAGACCAGAGCAGUAUUGGCAAGGAAAUCUGGUUUGUCCCUGAAUUACGAUGUCUCUCGCUGAAACAAUCCGUCUCUGGAAUGAGGGAGUGUCUGCAGCCGAUGGCAAAGACUGGGCAGCCGCUUUGGAGGCUUUCUCUUCCAUCCAGAAUCCUUCUUCCAAAAUCUGCUUUAACAUCGGCUGCAUCCACCUGAUCAUGGGGAAUUUGCCGGAGGCACAGCAGGCCUUCACCAGGAGCACUAACUGUGACAGACACCUAGCUGUGGCCUACUUCCAGCGAGGGACUGUGACCUACAGGAUGGAGGAUUAUCAGUCAGCCAUCAAUGAGUUUAAAGGGGCUUUGUCUCAGCUACGUGGAAACAGCCUAAUCGAUUACAAGAUCCUGGGACUCCGUUUUAAGCUGCUUGCUUGUGAAGUGUUAUACAAUAUAGCUCUUGCCCAUGCUAAGCUGGAAGACUGGAAGAAAGCUGAAGAGCAUUUAACAAUGGCAAUGAAAAUGAAGACGGAGCCACGGCACAACAAAAUAGACAGGGCCAUGGAAUCCAUCCUGAAGCAAAGACUUUUUGAGCCCAUCACAAUUCCUGAAGGGAAGCUGUUUCGGCCCAAUGAAAAGCAAGUGGCACAGCUGGAAAAGAAAGAUUACUUGGGGAAAGCCACGGUUGUGGCAUCUGUAGUUGACAAGGAUGAAUUUUCAGGCUUCGCUCCCCUGCAGCCACAGGCAGCAGAACCACCUCCUAGACCCAAAACACCAGAAAUACUCAGGGCCUUGCAGGGAGCACCUCACAGAGUCAUGUUUGAGUUUAUACCAGAGACACCAGAAGAGCUUCAAGUCCUUCCUGGAAACAUUGUUUUUGUCUUGAAGAAGGAGAAAGACAAUUGGGCCACGGUUGUGUUUAAUGGGAAGAAAGGGAUCGUACCUUGCAACUACCUGGAGCCAAUGGAACUCCAGAACCAGCCUCCAGUCCGGGAGGAGAACCAGGCAGACAUGGACAUUCCAGCUCCACCCAGCAUUGCUGCUCCAGAACGUCCUGAUAAGCCUUCUUCAGGCCAAAGAAGAAGAAGAGCACCUGAGGUCAUUAGCUUGGCCGUCCCGACACCCUACAUCAUCAAAGUCCACUAUAAGUACACCGUAGCCUUGCAGGCCAGUCCUGAUCUCCUUUACAGCAGCCUCCUGGAGAAAGUCUGCAAGAAGCUGGAGCUUCCACCCCCAAACACAAGGCUAAGCUACCAGCCUAGAGACAGCCAGGAUCUGGUGGCUCUUAGUGAGGACGGCAUGAAGGCAGUGUGGAGCCAUGCCCAGAACUACCGCUUGACCCUGUGGUGCAGCAUCUAUCAGGCAGAUGAAGAUACCCCAAGCGCGGAAGACGGAAAGGAAUUCCAGCAGGAAACACCAACACAGAUGGAAGCAAACCAGGUUGUAGCACGAUACAGUUAUGAAGCCAAACAGCCAGAGGACCUGGCGUUCCAGAAGGGAGACGUCAUACUUGUCCUUUCUAAAGUGAAUGACGACUGGUUGGAAGGCCAGUGCAAUGGGAAAGUGGGCAUUUUCCCCAAAGCCUUUACUGAAGAGCGCAGCAGCCAACCUCUUGAAACUAUUUCUGAAGCAUAAAACAAGCUACAGGAAACCCCGAGAGGGAGCCAGCUGAGUCCCUCUGCUCUUCUCCCUGCUCCCUGCACUGAAGACACAAAGUCUGUCUGAGCUGAAACCGCUGGGAAGAUAUAUUUAUUUCGAUGGGCAUUGGCUGAAACCGUUCCCUGGCUCUAAUCAUCAUACACGACUGGGCUUCAGAAUUUAGGCGCUCUUUUCACUCAUUUCCAUCUCUGGAAUAGAGAUGUGAAG